CAGCUGUGAUUCUCAAGCCGCUCAUGACACACGGAGCUUGGCCACUGCCGGCCGGCUCGCUCGCUUCUACCGGCUCCUCAUGCGCGAUUUCCCCGCAGGAAGGAUUUAAUGUCCAGGGAGGACGCUGGUGGACUUGUAUUACGCGUGUUUUUUUUGUUGUUGUUGUUGCAAUUUGGGCUUAUUGUGUCGCGUCUUCGGUUCUGCACUUUAAACGCUUCAGCGUGGACGAGAGACCCCACCGGGCACCGCCAUCAUGCCGCUGAGCUCAAGUUUAGCGAGUAAGAACUACGACUACGACUACGACUCCCUGCAGCCUUACUUCUACUACAACAACGAGGAGGAGGACUUCUACCCGCAGCAGCUGCAGCCGCCGGCGCCGAGCGAGGACAUCUGGAAGAAAUUCGAGCUCUUGCCCACCCCUCCUCUGUCGCCGAGCCGGCGGCCGUCUCUGUCCAGCCUGUACCCUUCCACUGCGGACCAGCUGGAGAUGGUGAGCGAGUUCCUGGGCGACGACGCCGUCAACCAGAGCAUCAUCUGCGACGCGGACUACUCUCAGACGUUCCUCAAGUCCAUCAUCAUCCAGGACUGCAUGUGGAGCGGUUUCUCUGCAGCCGCCAAGCUCAAGAAGGUGGUGUCGGAGCAGCUUGCCUCCUUGCAGGCUGUCCGGAGAGAGUCCACGGCUAACAUCAGCAGCAGCAUCCCCACGACCAUCACCGCCACCAGCAAUGCCUCUGCCGUGUCGUCUGGGGUGGCGGCCAUCGCUGCCUCUGCUUCAGAGGGGGGCUCCGAGCCUACGGGUGUCGCCACUUGGAAGCUCAGCAGCAGCUACCUGCAGGACCUUAACACCUCAGCGUCGGAAUGCAUUGACCCUUCAGUGGUGUUCCCGUACCCUGUGGCGGAGACGCCUAAGCAGAGCGGGUCCCCUUGUCGGGAUUCGGGACGGGACAUGCCGGCCCACAGUGGCAGCAGCAGUUGCAGCGACUCGGAAGAGGAUGAUGAUGAUGAUGAUGACGAGGAGGAGGACCAUGACGAGGAGGAGGAGGAGGAUGAGGAGAUUGAUGUAGUGACGGUGGAGAAGCGGCAGGCGGUGAAAAGAUGCGACCCCGGCCCAGCGGAGACCCGACACCCCAGCCCACUGGUGCUGAAGAGGUGCCAUGUCUCCACCCACCAGCACAACUACGCCGCCCACCCACCCAGCAGGCACGAGCAGCCGGCUGUCAAGAGGCUCAAGCUGGAAGGCGCUUCAGGAGGAGGAGGAGGAGGGGGCGGUGGCGGCAUGAUCAUAGUGAGCCAGAGCCGCGUCCUCAAGCAGAUCAGCAGCAACCGCAAGUGCUCCAGCCCCCGCACGUCCGACACGGAGGACCACAACAAGCGACGGACUCACAACGUGCUGGAGCGCCAGCGGAGGAACGAGCUCAAGCUGAGCUUCUUCGCCCUACGGGAUGAGAUCCCGGAGGUGGCAAACAACGAGAAAGCGGCCAAGGUGGUGAUCCUGAAGAAGGCAGCCGAGUGCAUCUGCAGCAUGCAGUCCGACGAGCACAGACUGCAGUCCCUCAAGGAGCAGCUGAGGAGGAAGAGCGAACUUUUAAAGCAGAGACUCUUGCAGCUGCAGAGCGCUUAAAACUUCUUUUUCUUCUGUUGGCCUUUUUUUUGUUCUGUUUUUUUUAUAUGCAAGUUCAAGACUGUACAGUUGUUGCAUGCAAAUGCAGGAAAUAAGGAUGUUUGGAAUCAUUGUUUGAUUUCCAUGUUGAAACUGCCUCAAUUGAAGUUAUGGUUGGAUUUAAAUAUUUAAAGUUUAUUUUAUUAAUAAAAUAUAAAAAAAAUGGGGCCUCACAGUUCAGUGGGAGCCCAAAUUAAAAUAUACAUUUUUAUGUUUUUGUAUAUAAUUAAUAUUUCCUAAGAAAAUGUAUUUUUGGAUCUCAAUUGUCUGGAUGUUCAGACUCGGUGUUUGUUUUUUUUCCAUUAUGUUCCUAGAUUCUUUUUUCAAAUAUAAAAAAAUGGUUCUUGGAU